AUGAAUCUUUUCAAGAAAUCAACUUUGACCGAAUUUCAUGAUACUGAAUUUCCUGAUGUAUCAGAUAUGUAAAUAUAAGGUCAAAAGCAAACUAAAUCUGAAGAACUAAAAUUGAAUUAAUCUUUGGACAAUCACUCUAAGAAGAACUCGGAAACAAAUUUGUAAGAGGAUAAUUCAAGACUAAGUGCAUCCAAGAUACUAUCUCAUACCCAGGACUUAAGGAGUUAGCCUAAAAAUCCCUCCCAAAAAUCAUAGACUAAACAUGAGCAGCAAUUAGACUUUCUGAAUGUGUUCAAACAAUAUGGUAAAUUAAUCGAUAAGAAACUAAUUAGACACAAAAAGCUUAAAAAGACUAACCGUAAAAUGGAAGCAACUUUAAACUUAAUGAAUAAACACUCAGUUUAGGAGGAAAAAAAUGUGCAGUAAAAAAAAUCUAAAUAAAAUUUCCUUGAUUAAUUUUAAUGGCUAAACUAGCACUAAAAUUUUCUGUAAAGAAGAUAGAGCUCCCUAAAUCAAGAUAAAAAGAAACAAAAGCUUAACACUGAAUAGUUGAACAAUCCGAUAAAAUUUUUGAAGCCAGUACCGUAUUAGUUUAAUCUUGCAGAGAAACUUGUUAAUAAUGGCCGUCCGCUUAGUCAAAGGUCGCAUACAGUAUCUAAUAUUGCCUAGAUGCCACAAAAAGAGAUCAUUAUUGAUGAUUUCAAAUUUAGAUUGGAAGAUGUUGUAAAACUUAUGAAAAGAAAUUUUUCAGAUGACCUUCUCUAGAAUAAAAAAGAAAGGACACCAAUAAAGACUCCAAAUUAUGCUAAACGGAAGAAUUCUGAAAGCGGAUAGCUAGCACAGAAAUCUAACCGAGCAAAUAAAAUAAUUCAAUAAAGCAAUGUAAAUAGCAACAAUAACAAUCGAAGGAGAGUAUUAAUCUCAAGCCACCGAGUUAAAAUAAUCGCUCAAGGAUAACAGAACACACUUUUGACUCACCAACUUUAUGUCAGAUACUAGUUAAUAGCCAAGGAUGAAAAUAGGUAUUUAGACAAAAAGCUAUUCUUUGAAUAAUCUGAAAAUUAAGAAAAUCAAGAUGAACAACUUUUCUAUCAUGAAACUAGAACAAAGAAAUAUUACUUGUUAAUGAGGGAUACUCCUGGUAAUAUUUUAUUACCAGUUAUCACGAAUCCAUUUAACAUCGGAAAUGAUAAAUCUGAAAGAAGAGUCUCUUAUAAAGGUAAAAGAUAAGUAAAGAUCAAGUCAGAUAAUAUCAUUUUGGAAAGACUUUCAAAUAAAAGCAGCACUUUAACACGGUUAAACUUCAUUAAUGAUCAGAUUCUGAAUGAGUUGGAAGUGAGCUAUCUCAGUUAUAUUGAAUAGUUAGAUUAGGAUUUUUUCAUAGAUGUAUUCAGAGAUAAUGGCUUCAAAGAUCAGCAUUUUGCUGGAGACUUGCUUUAUAUAGAUAUAAACUAAGGUUUAACCACCAAACUCAAUUGGAAAUUUUUGGAAUUUGUGCAAAAAGUUAUCUUCAAUUCACAAGUGGAACUUUAUGCUGAUAUGACAGUCAUUGACGAAAUAAGAAAAGAAGAUAAUAAGUAUAUCACACCAAACUUUAGCAAGUCUAAUUUUUAUGAGGUGGGGCAUUAUCAGUUCAGGGAGAAUAGGUGGAUGCAGAGAAAAUCAAUGAAGAGAGAAAUAAAAAAAGUACUCAUUACUGAUCCUGUCUCAAUUUAGAGAAAUUUGAAAGAUAAUAUUAAUCUAAUGAUGGCCUUCUAAAAUAGGGUAAACAAGAUAUACUAAUUCCAUUUAAAAUUGAAGCCUUUAAAGACAGAGCUAACAUUGAAACUAGCACCGAUAAAAUAGGAACGAUCACAUAAAAAAUUACACGUUGCUAUUUGA